GCUGCUGCUGGCGCGGAGCCGCUGAAGCCCUGCGGAGGGGCUCGCCGGCUCUCGCACGCAGCGGCAGCGGCAGAGCGCGUCGCGUCUAGCAGAGCGAACGGGGAGGAGAAGGAGGAGGAGAGGAGAGGAGGAGGAGGAAGAGGAGGGAGGAUCUUCUCGGAGAGGAUGCCCGGAGCGGCUGCAGGGACGGCGGCGACAGGAGCAGGCUCGUCAGGAGCGGCAGCAGCGGCAGCAGCGGGGAUGCUGCCGGCUCAGGAGGCGGCCAAGAUCUAUCACACCAACUACGUGCGGAACUCCAGAGCCAUCGGCGUGCUCUGGGCCAUCUUCACCAUCUGCUUUGCCAUCGUCAACGUGGUGUGCUUCAUCCAGCCCUACUGGAUCGGGGACGGCGUGGACACCCCGCAGGCGGGCUACUUCGGGCUCUUCCACUACUGCAUCGGCAACGGCUUCAGCCGGGAACUCACCUGCCGGGGCAGCUUCACGGACUUCUCUAGCCUGCCCUCCGGAGCCUUCAAAGCUGCUUCCUUCUUCAUCGGGCUCUCGAUGAUGCUCAUCAUCGCCUGCAUCGUGUGCUUCAUUCUCUUCUUCUUCUGCAACACAGCCACUGUCUACAAGAUCUGUGCCUGGAUGCAGCUGACUUCGGCUGCCUGUCUCGUCCUGGGUUGUAUGAUUUUUCCUGAUGGCUGGGAUUCAGAUGAGGUAAAACGGAUGUGUGGUGAAAAGACAGACAAGUACACGCUGGGGGCUUGUUCAGUCCGCUGGGCAUAUAUCCUGGCUAUUAUUGGAAUCUUGGAUGCCCUGAUCCUCUCAUUUCUGGCAUUUGUGCUUGGCAACAGACAAGACAGCUUGCUAGCAGAGGAGCUCAAGUUGGAAAACAAAGACGAUGGAAAUGCUUAAAACAAGUUAAGGUAGUAUGCCACAGAACAAUUCCUACUAAGCCAAUCCUCACUAGAAUGAGCACAAAACGAAACGAACAACAGCUUUUGUACAUCAACAUUAAAAUGGGAAGCAGCUUGGGAAAGGGCCUCCGACGUUUCCUUACGCAGACAAACGCAAAACCGCCUGAUGGGUAAGCGCCACCUCCUAACCAUAGCUCAGCCAGACAUGGAAGGGAUUUUCAGAAGAGAAAUGCCAUCAUGAAUUCCACACCAGCUCAUUAGAAACUGUCAUUGAGGACAGCAUCCAGAAGACAUGCAUGACAAAGGGGAACAAAUUACAAGGGGUGUAGUUGUUGCUAGAUAAACAUAUGUAAUAUAUCUGCAUCGAAGAGGUUUGUAAAUGUCAUGUUUUUUAAUUCGGACAGAAAGCAAAAAGCUUUAAAACCUUUCACAGUAGAGAAAUUAAUUCCAGACUAUUCCUACCCCAGUAUCCAAGAAGUUCAUAGGACAUCUCUCUUAAACUGGCAUUUAUAGGUAGACACUCUGAAUGUUUCCAUCACCUAGUGGAAAAAAACCCAUAACUUUUGCUGCACUUCAUUUACUUCACUGUAUAAUAAGUUGACUGAAACUGUAAAGCUUCUCAAUUUUUACUGCAUAUGUGUUCUAAUUAACCUAUGUCUGUAACCAACUUUAGACUGAAGAGUUACUUCUGAGCUAUAUUCUGGUUCUAUACAGCAUAUAUACUAUAAGGUGCAUCUGACUGCAUAUCAUAGUACUAUAAUUUCCCAAGGCACAUAGAAGUGUUUGUAUUUGAAGUGAUUCAAUAAAAGCAUUUAAUUUCCUUUUUAAUAGGAGAAAGUAAUUUACCCCUUUAUGUAACCUACAGCUGCUCGCUGCAGGGGCAUUGCUAUUCUUUUCCCUUGGUCUGCCACAUAACUGCUGAGUGCCAAUCUCUGGCCCCUGCUCUUACCAAUCAGGCAAGGUGAUCUAACGAUCCCUUCUGACCUUAAACUCAAUACAUAACAAGGCAAAUAGACACUGCCAGUAGCUGUGUGAGGGCUGGGCACACAGAGCCCCGAGCACUGGUGGGACUGGGGCAUCCCUCUGCAGGGGCUUGGCAGGGCACCCCUCAAAAGGCACCCUCGUUUCUGAAGCCACUGAGGAGUGAAACAGAAGGAGGCAGAGAGUAUCAAGAAAGACUCAUAGCUGAAAGCCCAGAUGCCAAGCACCAAGAACCAAGCACCAAGCACAGAGGGACCCUCUCUCCUCCACUCCUCUCCAAUACCUCCCAGCAUGGCACACAUCUCCUCCUGGGCAGGAGCAUGCUGUUCCCUGUGUUUAUUCUGCCCUCUCCUGCAUCUCACAGGUGAAGCCAGCCCCAAAUGAACACUGGAGAGCUUUUUUUAAAGCUUCUUGCUUCAUUCUUUAACUUUUGUAGGAUGUGCCUAAAAUAACAAUUCAUUGCUAGUGAUGAUCCCCAGUAAUACAAUACACCAAAGACAUGAGUAAAACAUGAGUUAAAACUGGGUUUUAAGUAUUGGCUGCACAAUGCAAAUUAUUCCAGAAUUUAAUGCAUGAAUCUCAGCAAAUUUAUUUUCUUUUUGAAGAAAAAUUAUCUUUAAGCAAACUGACAAUAAAUAAAUAGAGAGAAUUGGCUAACUUCUCUAUAGCUACUGAGGUACCAGUGUAGCACAGCUUAUCUUAGAGACUGCAUGAUGAUGUGGAUCUCUGCUACAUAAAUUUAUGUGUGAAUUUGGGCAGCCUUUUUUUCCUUUAUUGUUUUUUUUUAACCCAGCUCUCCUCUUGUAACUGCUUGUAGGAGCCUGUCCUGGCUUCUAUGGGACCAGUGUUAACAGACCUGGUCAAACACAUCACCCAAGAUCAAUUAACCACCAUAAACCUAUUCCUAGUACCAGCUACUGACCUAAAGGGGUAUGGAAGGUAAAAAACGAGUCGUUUACACAUGAGGCUGCAUA